AAAACAUAUUCGGAAAGGUAGAACAGUUUCAGGGAACUGUGGCCAGAAGAAAACUCCAGAGAACAUUUGGAGCUUCAGAAAACAUCUGGAAAGCUAAAGAUGAACCUACUUGAAACAUUCAAAUCAUGGUUUCUAGUCUGCAUCGUGGUUUGUGUUUUCAUCUUUGGUGUUUUCUAUCUACGGAAUACAAUCUUCAAGACAGACAAGGAAAAAAUAAUCUCAAGGGAGUGUGGCUUUUAUCCAGAUGAACUUUGCUCGGCCCUUUUUGAUGGGAAGAGAGUUGCUUUUCAAAUUGGCCAACUGUGCCAGGAGGCAUUAGGGGAAAAAGACAUGUCCACCUGCAUACAAACACCGUGCAACUGUUCUACGCUGCAGAAGAAACUCCACUUCAUUACAAGGCCACUGUCGGAAGAAGAAAGGAACUUUUCCUUGGCGUACAUCGUCACCAUUCACAAGGAACUGAACAUGUUUAUAAAACUACUCAGAGCCAUUUACAUGCCUCAGAACGUUUACUGUAUACAUAUUGAUGAAAAAUCAUCAAAGGAUUUUAAGCAAGCGGUCCAAAGCUUGGUCGACUGCUUCGAAAACGUUUUUAUUGCUUCAAAGAGAGAAAAAGUGGUCUAUGCUGGAUUCUCCAGGCUGCAAGCGGAUAUCAACUGCAUGAAGGACUUGAUCCAUUUAAACAAUCAAUGGAAUUAUGUUAUUAAUGUCUGUGGUCAGGAUUAUCCCAUUAAAACAAACAAGGAACUUAUACACUAUAUUAAAAGCAAAUGGAAUGGUAAAAAUAUAACCCCAGGAAUUGUUCAACCACCUCAUAUGAAACACAGAACUAAUUUCAGUUACCAAGAAUUUGUACGUUCAGGAAAAUCCUAUGUCUAUCCAACUAAUAAUGUGAAAAGUGAACCACCCCACAAUUUGACUAUAUAUUUUGGGACUGCGUAUUAUGUACUCACAAGAAAAUUUGUAGAGUUCACACUGACCGAUGAACGUGCAAAAGAUUUGCUUGAAUGGUCAAAAGACACCUACAGUCCAGACGAGCAUUACUGGGUCACCCUGAAUCAUAUACCAGAUGCUCCUGGUGCUACACUAAACACAACUUGGCAAGGAAAUAUACGAGCAAUCAAGUGGAAAAAUCAAGAAGGACAAGCCCACAAUGGCUGCAAAGGUAAUUACUGAACAUGACACAAUCCUAGUUCAGGAACCGCUGAGAAGUGGUCACCUGUCAGGUGCUCAACUAUGCAUGACAUUCUGGUCAAUCUGAUGGGAGUGGACAGAUAAAACCCACAAAAUCCCACUGAAGCAAGGAUAAGAAAACUACUCUAUUAGAUGACACUAGAUGACUCAACAAACUGCAAUACAGAAUAAUCCUAAUUGUGAAUUUAAUUACCAUGUGGGGCACAAAAAAUUUGCAUCUACAGACAUAUCUAAUACAUAUAAUUGGCUGAGUUUUACCCAACUAGUAAAAUUUUGUGGCUUUCUUUAAAAAAAAGCAGCUUUAUUCUUCCCAACUUCUUUCAAAGGAAACCAAAAUAU